AUGGCUACCACCUUUGACACGCCCACACCGCUCCUGACUCUAACCCGCGGUCUGGCCGUCCGACCGCUCCUCCACUCCGAUGCACCCAGCAUGGCGAAGCAUGGCAACAACGUUAAAGUCGAAAGGAACAUGACGAACCGCUGGCCUCAUCCUUACACCACCGACAGUGCUCACGCAUUCGUGGCCUUCGUGCGAGACCACAAGCAAUGGCGUGCCAUCUCCAACGUUUCAUCCCCCACCGUUCAGGACAUCCCUGAAGGCACCAAAGCUCCACUCGACUGGGCCAUCGCCCUCGAUGGCGAGUUCAUCGGCGCUACUGGCCUUAUCUUCCAGACGGAUGUCGAAGAGCGGACCGCCAGACUUGGCUACUGGAUCGCAGAGGAGCACUGGGGCAAAGGAUUUGCGCCGGAAGUCGUCCGAGCCUUCAUCACCUGGACAUGGGAGGCCUAUCCCGAGCUGGAUCGCCUGGAGGCUACUGUCUACUCAUGGAACCCUGCCAGCGUCAAGGUCUUGCUCAAGCUUGGCUUCACUCAAGAGGGCAGGCUCAAGGCGGCCGUUUACAAAAUGGGCCGGAGAUGCGAUCUGCUCGUCUUCGGGCUGACCAGACCUGGACUCGAGAUUGCGUCAGACCCUCCGAACUGA